AUGGGGGGCUCAAAAGCAGAUCGGGACCGAGAGAGUGGAUAUUUCUCUCUAGGCCGGGCUGCAGGUGCUAGAACAUUACGAGAUAAAAGCCCCCCACCUCCUCAUCGACAUUCUGAACGGGGCCAUCCUCUACCCAGCAACUCCGCCCCAGAACCCAAAGCCACCAUCCCUUUCCGUAACCCAGACUUGGGCGUCCCUUCUUAUAGAAGAACCACUGAGAUCCAGAACCCAGAACCAGAACCUCCAGCAAGCUACUCUCCAGAACCUCUGGACCUUAGCAUUGAGGUGGAGGCUCAGGUUGGCCCCAGGUCCCCAAGCCCCACGCCUUUCAAACAAGCGGAAUCUCUGGCUGCAUCUAGCCGAAGGGGGUUGCGGACGUCCUACUCAUCCUCCUACCAACAGUCUGGAACCUUCUAUUCUUCUCGACAAAGUUCAAGCCACUCUCAGUCCUCUUCUCCUUCCCGAAGUUCCUCCCCUUUCAAACGGACUGAGUCAGUCUCCUCCCUGCCCUCUCGGGGAUUUGGGUCAGGUGGAGGUUUUGGGACAGGUGGGGGACCUGGGUCAGGUGGGGGACCUGGGUCAGGUGGGGGACCUGGGUCAGGUGGUUUUUCACAGAGACAUAACCAGAGGUCCAGAAGCCCCACUCAGAGUUCCUAUAGCUGUCCAUCAGAGUCCACAGGCCUGCAGAAAAACUUGAGGACCUUCGCCACCUCUGUGGGUACUGCCAGCAGUGUUGCUAAAUCUCUGUCCAACUCUUAUGCCGAUCUAAGAGCUGGGUUACGCAAGGCGGAGACUAACAGUGGACAUGGCAGCAAUUCCCAGAGCAUUUCACCAUCAAGGCAAAGGAGUAACGACUCUUCAAGCCAAUCAUUUUUCCGGAAGACUGAAACAAACAGCUCUUCAAAUAGUCGUGGCCGUGACAGUCAUAGCUCUUCUCCAUCUAGGAGAGGCUAUGAAGGCAGCCAGUCAUUUUUGCGCAAGGUGGUUGAAGGUCAGCGCAGUGCGUCUCCUGUCAGGAAGGGCUACGGUGCACCAAGCCAAUCAGAUACAAGUCGCAUGUUGAAUGUGAGGGGUCAGAACAGCACUAGUUCCUCUCCAUCACAGAGGAGCUUUGAGACAACCAGUCAAUCGCUGCGCAAAUGUGAGACCAACAGCUCCACUCGCAGCCACAGCUGUGAAAGUCGACACUCCUCCCCCUCAAGAAGAAGUUAUGAUAUACCUGGCCAAUCAGUGCCCUGCAAAACUGAAGCAAACCAAACGUCCUAUAGUCGUGGACUUGAUAGCCGCAGUCCCUCCCCUUUAAGGCAGGGUUAUAAUACUCCUUGCCAAUCUCUUCUUCGCAAAUCUGAGGCUAGCAGUUAUAAGGGUGGCAGAGAAUCUCGGAGUUCCUCUCCAUCUAAAGCAAGGCAUGAGCCAGCAGGACGGUCAAUCCUGCACAAGACCAAGGCUGAGAUGAUCUCUUACAUGAGGAAAUCAACCAAUAGCAGUGCAAAGUCAUGGCGAGGCUCCAUCCACUCUCUUCACAGCCCACCCAUUUCCCGUAGCUCCUCCCCAUCCAGAAAAAGUGCUGAGAACAAGCCAAUCGGUUACUCUCAGAGACCUGCCCAAGUUGCUUGGGAAAACACUCGGACGGAAAGUAGGAGUAGCAGUCAGGACAGGAGGAGCCAAGAGGCUCACAGCCCCUCCCCUGACUUCAGAAGAUUGUCAAAUAGGAAUAGAAGCCCCUCCCCUCAGAUGCAAAGACAUACUUCCUCUCAGAGCUCCAUGGACUCGUUAGAGUCAGGCCACCUGUCAGCUGGCUCAUCUGGUCUGAACCGGGAGGAGUACGCCAUCAUGGCUGACCUUCCGAAGGUCAAGACCGUCUUCCAGAGGGAGGGGCCAAGCCGGCUGGAGCGACUUGAAAGCAGAAACAGGGACGAACCCUUAUAUUACAAACCUGCCAGCCAUGCCCACUCUAAAACUGUCCAGAGCACCUGGGAUGAGUCCAGGGAACAGAGGGCAGCUCCAUCUUCUGCUCAACACACACAGGGCAGCAGGCCAUCAGUGUAUUUCUCCUCCAGUGUGGAACAGGCUGAGGAUGAAACCAUUGACCAGUUGUUGCGUCCUGAGCUUUCUGUGCUCGCGCUGCUGUAG